CUCAGAGAGGCCAGUGUAGGGGAACGCAAAUUAUUCCCCCACCCUACCCCCAUCCACAGCUUCUCUCCUUCUUGAUAUAGCCCAAAUGGGUAACAUGCAGGAGCGCCCAUCGGAGACCAUUGACCGGGAACGGAAACGGCUGGUAGAAACAUUGCAGGCUGACUCUGGGUUGCUGCUGGACGCGCUGGUGGCCCGGGGCGUCCUCACUGGGCCUGAGUAUGAAGCCUUGGAUGCGCUGCCUGAUGCAGAGCGCAGGGUGCGCCGCCUACUGCUGUUGGUGCAGAGCAAGGGCGAGGCAGCCUGCCAGGAACUACUGCGCUGUGCCCAGCAAACUGUGAGCAUGCCAGACCCGGCCUGGGAUUGGCAGCACGUUGGGCCUGGCUACCGGGACCGCAGCUAUGACCCUCCAUGCCCAGGCCACUGGACGCCAGAGGCACCCAGUUCAGGGACCACAUGUCCUGGGCUGCCCAGAGCUUCAGAGGAAGAGGAGAUCGGAGGUCCUGAGGACUCUGAGGCAGUACAGCCUCGAACACCAGAGGAGCCAGAACUAGAAGCUGAAGCUACUAAAGGGGAUGAGCCAGACCUGGAACAAGAAAUGGAACCAGAACCAGAGCCAGAGGUAGAACCGGAGCCAGAGCCGGAGCCGGAGCCGGAGCCGGAGCCGGAGCCGGAGCCGGAGCCGGAGCCGGAGCCAGAGGCAGAGCCUGACUUCCAAGAAGGGGAUGAGUCUGAAGGUUGUGAGAACACCUAAACCCUAGCUUGCAGGCUUGUUAGAAAUUGUGGACUGGGAAGUAGGGGUUGAUCCCCACUCCACUGACCAUCAUUUUCAUCUCUAGAUUCUUGAAGGCCAGAAUAUCCUUACCUGUCCAAAUCUGAUUCAAGCUGGAUAAGAUCUGGAAACCUGCCAGAACUGGACCAAGUCAAUGCAGCAAGACUCCAUUUACUGCCAAAUGAGUAAACUCGGGAGGGUUAGCCUGGACCUGAUUCUUCACAACUCAGGCUCUUUACUCAAGAAUGGUCUGAAUCCCACUGACCUGAGCAGGCUUGUGUGAAAAAUACCAUCCCCCCCACCAACAGUAUUCCACUCCCAAAGUAGCCCAAGCUGUAUUUCUAGAGAUCUUAGAUUCAGGCCCCUAAAUCAGACCCUCUUCCACUCCCUUUUUCCCCCCUCAGGGGCCAUUUGGGAGCCCAAGUGGGCAACACUUCUACACCAUGGAAACGACUAGACUUAAGAGUAUCAAGCAAGUGAAGGUGGCUGGCUGUCCAUCCACACACAGAGAGAAGUCUUGGAGCUCACAGUCUUGAAGGGGGGACCUGAGAGAAAACUGGAGUAGACAGAAGCCACACGCAUCAUUGUAACUGCUCUUUAAUUGUCUGGCCUUCCUCUGAACUGGGAGCUCCGUGUGGGGUGUGGGGUCUAACCAGUCACAGACAUACACAAGGAGCUCUGUACAUUAUCUACUAAGCAAAUGAAUAAAAACUUCCCAGCUGUGUUUCCAAGCUUUCACAGAUGGAAAAAUUAAAUAAAAAGCC